GUAUCCUCACUCAGAGGCAAUUCGCUUCUCUUCGUGGAGCCCCUAGGGGAUCUUGGACCGGCGUGGACGACUUCUCCCUCAUAUUGGGGUUGGUUUCUUCCACCUGCAUCACUGCACAGCAUGGAUCCAGAGAUGAGCGAUCAGGAGGUGACUUAUUCAACUUUGAGAUUUCCUCAGUCUUCUUCAGAAUCGCAGAAUAGACUAAGACCUGAUGGCACUCGAAGGAGUGGAAAAACCGUUGAUAAAGAGUUCUCAGUGCCCAGGCAUCUCAUUGCAGUGACUCUUGGAGUCCUCUGUUUACUUCUCUCAGUGGCGGUCGCAGUGUUGGUGACAAAGAUUUUACAGCUUAUUCAAGAAAAGCAUCAACAGCAGGAAAUUCUAGGAAACCUCACUCAAAUGUACCACGUCGUGCAAAAUGAUGACUACUUAAAGAAGCAACUCUUGGCAAAUAAGUCUUUAGAAUAUGACACUCUCAAAAAUAAAACCCUUCUAAUGGAAAAUGCACUGAAGUCACCCUUUUUAAAACAGAAUUGUAAAGUCCAUGAAGACUACUGGUCCUGUUAUGGAGUAAACUGCUAUUAUUUUGUUCUGCAAAAUAAAAGCUGGACGGGAUGUAAACAAACCUGCCAAAGUUACAGUUCCUCCCUUUUGAAGAUUGACAAUGAACAUGAACUGGUAUCACAGACUCCUCCAUGUACUCUCAAUCUCAUGAAUGUGUCUCUCCCCUGUGACCCAAGAGGCUGCGAAGGGGAGGGUGGUCCAGAAAGAGAGAUCUUCAGCUAUUCUUCCUAUUGUGUCGGGAAGAUUGUAGAGUUCAGAAUCUCCCUGGAAACCCUGUCUGCUAAUAAGCAUAUGGUCCUGCUACUCAUUGAGUUCGGAGUAUCCUCACUCAGAGGCAAUUCGCUUCUCUUCGUGGAGCCCCUAGGGGAUCUUGGACCGGCGUGGACGACUUCUCCCUCAUAUUGGGGUCCGUUUCUUCCACCUGCAUCACUGCACGGCAUGGAUCCAGAGGUGAGUGAUCAGGAGGUGACUUAUUCAGCUUUGAGAUGUCCUCAGUCUUCUUCAGAAUCGCAAAAUAGAUUAAGACCUGAUGGCACUCGAAGGAGUGGAAAAACUGAUGAUAAAGAGUUCUCAGUGCCCAGGCAUCUCCUUGCAGUGACUCUUGGAAUCCUCUGUUUACUUCUCUCAGUGGCGGUCGCAGUGUUGGUGACAAAGAUUUUACAGCUUAUUCAAGAAAAGCAUCAACAGCAGGAAAUUCUAGGGAACCUCACUCAAAUGUACCACGUUGUGCAAAAUGAUGACUACUUAAAGAAGCAACUCUUGGCAAAUAAGUCUUUAGAAUAUGACACUCUCAAAAAUGAAACCCUUCUAAUGGAAAAUGCACUGAAGUCACUCUUUUUAAAAUGGAAUGGAUGCAAUGCAAAAAAGGAUACCUUCCCGAAAUCUGUGCACAAUCCAGGUAAAGUCCAUGAAGACUACUGGUCCUGUUAUGGAGUAAACUGCUAUUAUUUUGUUCUGCAAGAUAACACCUGGGAGAAAUGUAAACAAACUUGCCAAAGUUACGGUUCCUCCCUUUUGAAGAUUGACAAUGAACAUGAACUGACAUUUGUGCGAUUUCAGAUUCAUGGAAAUAUUUAUUGGAUUGGAUUGUCAUAUAGUGAAAUGGAAAACAAAUGGAAAUGGAUUGAUGAUGGCACAUCACCUGGAAUGAAUUUGAAAAUGAUGAGUUUACCUUCUGGUAGAGGAAAAUGUGGAUUUUUGGCCUCAACAAGAGUAGAAGAUGGCGAUUGCUCUAAAACGUACAGUUGUAUCUGUAAAAUGAGAAUUAAUUGUAAUUUCCCUUCUUCAAUGUGCACUUAGAAGAACAGGGCUCAGUGCAGUGUGGACACAGGAGCUGGAAGAGGAAGCACAUCUUCUCCUGAGCCCUGAUCAGGAGGCCAGACGCCAUCUUCUUCCUGUGGGGAGUGGAAGCUUCGUGUUUGGGAGCAGCUGCUCCUCUAUUGUGGUUCUCAGGCAUCACUCUUCCCGCUUCCCUGAACAACCCGGGACCUGUUAGAGCAUCCUAAUGCAUGGCCUGGAUCUUUUCCUUACCAAUAGGAUAAAACAUGUCAAUGUUAUCAGACCGUGGGAGUACAAUUAAGAACUAGGAUAUAGUUAUAUUUUUACUACCUAGAAGCAUACCUCAUCUUUAAAAAUAAUUUUGUUACAGCAUUUACUGAAUAGUUGAAAGAAUACUACAAGACAAGCCCAUGUAACUUUUACCCACAGUUAUCAGUUGUUUGUAUUUUGCUGUGUUGUACACUGUUUCUCCUUCACUCUUGCUCUCAUUGUCGACCCACCUGAAAAUAAAUUGAAGAUAUGUCCUGGUUUCUGAAUAUUUUUGAAGAAAAGGACUUUGUCUUAUAUAACCAUGCUGCAAUUAUCAAAAUCAGGAAAUUUAACAAUGAAACAGCAUUAUGAUCUAAUCUAUAAACCACAUUCCAAUUUAUCCAUUGGCCUAAUAAUGUCAUUUAAGGGUAUUUUUCUCCAUGUUCACAAUAAUACAAUGCAUUUAACCAUCAUAUCGAUGGCAUGUCCUUUAAUCUGGAAAUGCUGUUUAAAUUUUCUUUGUCUUUCUUGACCUUGAAAUUAAAAAACGUCAACCUUAUUGAGUUAGACUAUCUAUACAAUAGAAUGAACCCAUUUAAGUCAUGAGGGAUAUAGGUUUUAACCUGUUUACCUCUUACACGCUAUCAAAUCAAAAACAUUUCCAUCAGCUCCAGAACUUCCAUUCUCCCUCACACCAGCCACCUGGCCCCUGUCCACCAGCGAUGCUCUUCUGUCACUAUCAAUUUGUUUAGCUUAUUCUAGAACUACAUGCAUCCUGUGCACGUAUUCUAUUAUUAUUAUAAUAGUAUUAUUAUUCUAUUAUUAUUCUAUUAGCGUUAUUAUAAUAGUAUUCUAAUAUUC